GGUCUGGAGAGUGGGAGGAGGGAGAACAACCAAAGAAAGGACAGAAUGAGACCGGAGGGGCUGAAUGGGGCCAAAGGACCCAUCUAAAAAGAAAGGGGAGACAGAGGGAGGGACACAAAAGCAGAAGGAGAGCGAGAGAAAGGGGAGGGAGCUGAGGGAGUUGCCUCAUCCAGAGCGGCGCAGGGAAGAAGUUGUGGGAAAGUAAAUAGCAGAGGAGAAAUUCCAAUCUGAUUCCAACCACUUGCAGCCCUCGAAGGAACCUGCAAACAUGACUGGACAGGAUUAAAGGGUCACCAGAGAGGCGCCUGAAGCUUCCAGGAGGGACCCGCCGCUGAAGACGAGGAGAGCACGCGCCACCACGGACGAUUAAACCCGAGCCGGCCUCGGAGAGAGAGGCCUUGUUAUGAUAGCAUCAUUGCCGGGGAGGAGACUGACACCAGCAAAGGAUGAGCCGGCGGUCGGGCGACCCGGCCGUUCCUUUCGGCACAGCGCUCCCACGGCCUGGGGGCUAAUGAAAGGGAUUCCCCGGCCCACGCCCCGCUCCAGUUUGACGGUUGCUUUUACCCCGGAGUGCAAUAGCCCCUCCCAGGAUGGAUUUCACGCUGCCUUGUACCCUGAGCAGAAUGGAGAGGGGCGGCGGGGAGGAGAGGGGUGAGGGGGAAGCUGCGCGACCUCUGACCGAGUCAUUUGCAUUUUAAGCUGGGGCGCUGUUUCUGCCUCACUUGCCGGAUGUGCCCCCCUCCCCUACCCCCCACCGCCCCUUUAUUAUGAAGGAACUCCUUCUCCUCACUGUACCAGAUUGUCUCCUUACUCACAGUCUAGCACUCGGAACCGACAUUAACAAUCCGUGCAUGCAUGGCCUUCCCACAAAGGCUUCCCUUUCAAUGGGAACCCUUUCCCUUUCGCCACACAUUCACCCAUGAAAAACCCGCACUAACCGAGUCAAAUAAACACAUACAAGGUCGCGGUUCUGUGAAUGCACAAUCAGUCACUUGAUAGUGGUGACACGCCCGCCAAAUGUUCAGAAGGUGUAUUGCAUUACACACUGAGUACGUCCCUUUGGGAUUGUUUAAUAAUUAACUAGCUGGAGGAGGACGACCCUCAGUAUUUGGACGGCCAACGUCGAUCCUAAAAGUGGUUGAUUUGGCUGCGGGUACAACCUGCUUUGGGUUUGGGGGUACUCGUUUUCCCAUUGGGCCCAAACUGCGUCACACUUAGUAAACCCAACAACCACCAACUCCUCACCAACCUGUGAGAGUUAUUGUUUCCCACCAACCUGUGACAGCUUCUGUCAAUCAAACUUUCAUUUCAAGACCAAAGCAACUCAACUCAACUGGUUUGAUGAUGAAUAAUCAAAACCGAAACAGUUCUUGAAUAACGUCAUUUGAGAGUUUACCUCCAUAAUGAAAGCAGCAGCAGUGACUUUCGUCAGAACAGAAGAGCAACAGGAGGUCUCGCUUCCUGACGCUGUACAUCAGACAAACACAACCACCGAUGCCAAGACAACAACCGGCUGUGGGAACACAAUAGUCGCACGCCCGCAAAACGCUGACUACAAGGAGGCUGUUUUUCGUCAGACAUUUCAGGGAUUAUGUCUGAGAUGUCUCAGCAGCGACCGCCAAAGGAGGAGGAAGAGGACGAGGACGAGGAGCAAGGGGAAGAGUUCUCGUUUGAGGACAGUGUGGAGGAAGAGAAGCUUCCGGAGGAGGGUGGAGGGGUGACCUCUGACCCCGUCGGAGCAUCGCCUCCUGCUGCACAGGAGGGCAUCUGCACUGAGGACGGCGCGCCAGCUCCCGCUGAGGGCGUUCCGGUUAACGAGUCGGCCAGCGGGACCUCGGAAGCCGAGCCCGGGACCUCAUCUCUCUCUCGUGUGGGGGAGGAGCUCCACGAGCUUCCCGCGGAGACGCCAUCCGCGGAGACGCCAGCGGUGGAGACGCCAUCCGCGGAGACGCCAGCGGUGGAGACGCCGAAGGGAUCGGGAGACCGAGGCCUGGAAAGCUCGGACGCCGGGGACCCCUCUGAAGUGUUUGCUGACUUCGACGCCGCCGCUCGUCUCCCGCCGGCGCCGGGGCCUCCGGAGGUGAUCUACGACGACGUCCCGUGCGAAGGGCCGCUCUCUCCCGACGAAGCAGAUACGAUCUACGAGGACGUCCAGAGAGACGGCGGCCGCUGGACGCCGACAACGGAUGGAGCUCUAGCGAGUUCGAGAGUUAGGAGGACCAUUCCGAUAAGGAGCCCAAACGCCCGGCGCGCACCAAGGUAG